GACAAAGGGUAUCAUCAGGACAAACAUAAUACUAAUAAUAAUGCGAUCCAUUUCAACUCGUCCACCACCCCCAGUACCAUCACUAAUAUUCUCUUCUUGAAGCUAACAUACAUACUGUUGUUGCAAUUCCGAAUUGAAAUUUCAGGCUUAUAUGCUUGAUACCCGUGGUGUUCCGGACAACUUUAGUACACCUUGACUAAUUCCACAGGAUACUUGUCACCUCCAACCAGUAGCAUGUACUAUGUUCUAUGUAACUUUGUCUUCAAAGGCUAGGACAGAUGGAGAAUUCACAUUGUGUUUUUUGGUCCGCUCAGUCAAGUUCAGGCACCAGGUGCCAGUCACGCUCUGAAAAAAAUUCGGGCUGUGACAAUUUGAGUAAUUCUUCUGGCUUUCAAAUAAAACAAAACACUCACAGAAUUUCUUCCUUUUUUUCUUUUUAAUAAUAUUAUCAGAAUAUGGGUACUGAAUCUCUAUUCUUUCGAUUUGCAGUCACUACUCUAAAUAACAUUUAUGCUCUUCUUUCUCUUCAUGGAAUUACUGUCUGGGUAUUGACUCCUUCCUCUGAACAUUGAAUUCCAUUCUAUUCUCCAAAAAUGUUUGUUUUCCUCUUUUUCUUAAUUAUCAGAGUUUGAUAUUAUAUCCCUCCUUAAAAUAUUGAACUUUCUUUUUAUGAUUCUGGGAGUCUUCUCUCUUUGUGGUAUUAGAAUUUAUGUACACAAUCCCUCCUCCAAAGUUCAAACACUUUAGUUUUGAUCAUUAUUCUGGUAAUAUUACUUUUCAGCUGCUUUUCACCUGCCCAAUGAACGCAACGUGAUGGAAAUUUGUAUCACCUACCUUUCUGCUCUCUGGUGACUGUGGAUAUAUAAUCUUUUUAAGAAAUAUUAUUAUUGAUAUACAUUUCCAUUUAAAGUUUUGAGUAAGGAGUAUGCUCAUGUGUGUAAAACUGGUCUUAUUCUUUUUAUUUCUUAUUAUAAAUAUUGAGUCACUGGUUAUCUUGAUCCAGUCAUAUGAUGUUAAGGCCUCCUAUUGUUCGCUUCUUUUCAUAAGAGAUGGCAAGACGACAUUUUGACCAAGAAGAAACAGAUUUGAUUUGUUAAUGUCAGUUCCCCAGCAAGAUGAAUUCCGAAGUGACUGAUAUAGUAGGGCAGAAGAGGCAAAAAAGUGGGGAAAGAGUUUCUGAAUCAAAUCAGAAUCCCAAACAGGGUUUGCCUGACAAUCUUGCUGAAAGAGAUUCUACCAUUGAGGUUGAUGAUGGGGAAGAGAAGCCAUAUGUGGGAAUGGAGUUUCAAACAGAAGAAGCAGCAAAGAAUUUUUUUGAAGCAUAUGCUAUGCGUGUGGGAUUUAGCAUACAUGUUGGUCAGUUCAGCCGAGCUAAGCCUAAUGGACCUAUCAUUACUUGGGAUUUUUCUUGUUCUAGAGAAGUUUUCAGAAGUAGGAAUAUAGAAAGUUGCAAUGCUAUGCUUCGCAUAGAGAAGAAGAGCUCAGAUAGUUGGGUUGUGACUAAAUUUGUUGAGGAUCAUAAUCAUUCAAUGGUGAAUCCCCGCAAGGUGAAUUACCUUCGACCUCGUAAACAUGUGGCUGGAGCUUCCAAGACUGUUGGAGAGGUACCGGGAGCUCCAACUGUUGUUAUGGUUCCACCAGUUGUGAUUCCAGUGGAUGGAAAUCAUGUAUUUGUCAGUUCGAAUGAAGGUGUUAAGGAUGCUUCUGCUGUGGAGUCAAAUCGUGUGACCAAGAACUUUAGCCCUGCCAUACCAUUAAUGUUUAUUCAGCCUUGCAGCCGAAAGAGAACUCUUGGAAGAGAUGCCCAUAAUCUUCUUGACUAUUUCAAAAAAAUGCAAGCGGAAAAUCCUGGUUUCUACUAUGCUAUUCAACUUGAUGAUGAAAACCGCAUGACGAAUGCUUUUUGGGCUGAUGCAAGAUCAAGGAUAUCUUAUAGGCACUUUGGCGAUGCUGUUAUUUUUGAUACAAUGUAUAGACCAAAUCUGUUCCAGGUUCCGUUUGCUCCAUUCACUGGUGUAAAUCAUCAUGGGCAAAUGGUUUUGUUUGGCUGUGGAUUACUCUUAGAUGAGUCCGAGUCUUCCUUUACUUGGCUUUUCCGGACCUGGCUAUCUGCAAUGAAUAACCGCCCUCCAGUUUCAAUUACAACCGACCAGGAUAGAGCUAUUAAGACAGCAGUCAACGUAGUAUUACCGAGUACUCGUCAUUGCAUCUGUAAGUGGCAUAUCUUACGAGAAGGGCAGGAAAGAUUGGCUCACGUAUAUAUGGCUCAUCCUUCAUUUUAUGGGGAGCUAUAUAGCUGCAUUAACUAUUCUGAGACAAUUGAGGAUUUCGAAUCAUCAUGGGUCUCUGUACUUGAUAAAUAUAAGCUGGGAAAAAAUGAGUGGCUUCAAGCUGUAUAUAAUGCUCGCGACCAGUGGGCUCCAGUGUAUUUUCGAGAUUCUUUCUUUGCUGCACUUCCCUCAAACCAGGGUGUAACUUCUUUUUUUGAUGGAUAUGUGAAUCAGCAGACAACUCUACCAAUGUUCUUUAAGCAGUAUGAAAGAGCUUUAGAAAGUUCCCUUGAAAGGGAAAUUGCAUCUGACUUUGAUACAAAUUGCACCACACCAAUGCUAAGGACCCCAUCUCCAAUGGAACAGCAAGCAGCUAAUCUUUUCACCAAAAUAGUUUUUGCAAAGUUUCAAGAGGAACUAGUUGAAACUUUUGCCCACACUGCCAAUAAGAUUGAUGGUGAUGAGACUCGAAGCAAAUUUAGGGUCGCAAAAUAUGAACAGGAUGACAAGGCAUACAUUGUCAUGUUGAAUUUUGCCGAGAUGAAAGCAAGUUGCAGCUGUCAGAUGUUUGAGUAUUCGGGCAUCUUAUGUAGACACAUUUUAACCGUUUUCACAGUGACUAAUGUUCUCAAAGUUCCAUCUCAUUAUAUACUUAAGAGGUGGACAAGGAAUGCAAAAGUUGGACAAGGAUCGGAUGAAGAAGACAUUGUAAAACAAGGAAUUAAUUCGCUCACUUCACGUUUCAAUCAUCUAUGUGUGGAAGCUUUACGAUAUGCAGAAGAAGGGGCAGUUUCUGUGGAGAGCUAUGAUGCAGCGGUUAGUGCUCUGAGAGAUGGGUUGAGGAAGAUUUCUAUUGUUGCGAAAAAUGUUGCCAGGCCUCUUACCUCACAGGGAAGUGGAAGUACUCAGGAUGAGAGCAUAAAAAGUACUCCAGCUACUUCUGAUACUGCGCCAUCUUUAUGGACUUGGCAAGAUGCAAUGCCUCAUCAUUUUAACCUUAAUGAUGGCGGUUUAACUGCUGGUGAUUUAAAUCAGCCCACUAUGACACCUGUGGCUAUAAAUCAUGAUGGUGGCCUUGCUGAUAAUGUGGUUGUUUGUACUUGUUUUAAGUCUAUGACAUGGGUGAUUGAAAACAAAAGUCAAGCAAGUAAAGUGGCUGUCAUCAAUUUGAAGUUGCAAGAUUAUGGCAAGAACCCAGCAGGGGAAACAGAAGUUCAGUUUAGACUUACAAGAGUCACUCUGGAGCCAAUGCUGAAAUCCAUGGCAUACAUAAGUCAACAACUUUCUCUGCCGGCAAAUAGAGUAGCUGUUAUUAAUUUAAAGCUUCAAGAUACUAAGACACCUUCCGGAGAGACUGAAGUGAAAUUUCAAGUUUCAAGGGAUACUCUAGGAUCAAUGUUGAGAUCGAUGGCUUACAUUCGUGAACAACUUUGAAUAGGAACUCCUUGUAAAUAGUGUCUGGAGCAUAGAGAACACAUAUUCACAGCUGCAGUUAUCUCUACCAGCCAGCCAGCCACUCAGAUUGCUCUAUUUUCGGUUAGCACUUAUUCUAACUAUGCUAUGUAGUUGACCCAUCAUGUAAUUGUAUGCUGGAAAAUUAGUUGUACAUGUCUGCAAGGAGGACCUAGCAAAGAAUGUAAUCAUCUUAGGUUAGUAGCAGUUGCCGUUUUAUUGAUAGAUAACUAUAAUUAUUUUUUUCUUAUGGUAGGUAUAAGUGUGUAAUCUAUUAUUUGUAUUCCUUUGUAAGCUGCCUGUGUUGAUACUCCCAAGGUCCUAGUGUGAGGGAUGUCUCUUGUUCUCCUUUUUUUCCCCUUCUUUUCUUCUUUCUUCAGUGUCUUCUCGAAGACCAAAGAGGCUGAAAUACAUUAAAGAAGCAGGUUGAGGUUGAAUUUCAGUUGUUCCCUUGUUGGUGGCCUUCUGUGCUGAGGUUUCACUUAUGAUACGUAAGGCACUUCAUUUUCACCUGGGUGGGUCUUGGUUACCUACCUUAGUGUUAAUUUUAGGACCUGUUUGAUUUGAUCUUUUUCUGUAUAUAAUCAGAAUGAUCAUAUGUAUAAUUGUUUGAUUUGGUAUAAAAGUUGGGUGUUUCACUUGA